CCGACGACGCCAUUAAUUUCGUUUCGACAAAGGAAAUAAUUCGUGUUAUUUGUGCUUGGCUUAUACUUUGUUUUUCUAACUCUCCAAUUUUUCUUUGUAAGAAAGUGCGGUUGCAUAAACAAUUGCAAAAAAUUAACCGCAUGAACGCUAAGUUAGUGCUAAGCAAGUGUUUAUAUUGUGUUUAUAAGUUAUUUGCAUUGCAAAUUGCAAUUUAUUUGCGGCACGGUGUGCAAAGCUUUAACAAUUUGUACUUAUACGUUUCGGUUGAUCCAGGGUGUUAGCAAGUCUCCAUUACAAAAUGGCGGACGAUGAUGUUAAGAGACUGCGAGCGGCCAGGGGACAAUUAAAAGCUGCUUUAACAAGGAUGAUGGCGUUUAAAGCGGUAGCUGAAUCGGCUUCUUCUAGCGUAGAUGCGGACCCUUUGCUUUAUCAGCAAAAGAAGGAUAGGUUGGAGAAGAUCUUUGAGGAGUAUAAGGAGCUCAACCUCGAAAUCCUGUUACUGGAUCCAGCUGAUCAAGAACGGGUAGAAGAUUUCGAAGACAAGUACGAUGUACUGCGCUCCUUUUAUGCGGGCAUAAUCAAUGCAGCGUUGAGCGAGGCUGCGCCGCUCAUGUCACCGCAGCGAUCUUUCGCCUCCCCCGGGGGAUGUAACGCGUCGCCAUUCAGGCUGCCACCUAUUAAUUUGAAGGUGUUUACUGGUGAGAGCAACGAGCUGCUGCCUUGGAGUCGCUGGGAGAGCGCACGCCCACUGUGCGACGCUCUAGUUUAAUAAGCUCAGCAACAAGUAAUGUUAAAGUGGUUAAGCCGUUGAAGUCUAAAUGUAAGUACUGUCAAUCUAAUGUUCACAAGCUGCAUCAGUGCUCAACUUUCAGAUUAAUGGAGCCUCAUAAGAAAAAACAAUUUGUUGUGUCUAAUAAAUUGUGUAGCAUUUGUUUAAAUGAACAUGUUGGUCAAAAAUGCAUCUAUUCUUUCAAGUGUGCCAUUUGCAAGGGCAAGCAUAAUACUCUAUUGCAUGAGGAAGUUCCGCAGCAGUGUGCGGCAGUCUCACAGAUUGAUGAAACUGAGAACCCAAUAUCGGGGUACAUCAGUUUAUUAUUAAGUAGGAGAGGUACUGAUCUUUUACCUACCAUAAAGGCUAGGGUAUAUGAUAAGUACGGGCAACCUAUGAUUGUUCGUUGUCUUCUAGACACAUGUAGCCAGAUUACCUUUUUGCGCUCUGAUGUAGCAGAGCGUUUAGGAUGCGAACUAUACCCUGAUGAUUCAGCAAUCUCAGGGGUGUGCGAUGCUCCCAGCUUUAAGGCUAUGCAAACCUCAUUGAGAGUUCAUUCUAUGGUAACGGAUUAUAGUGUCGCAGUGACAUGUAAUGUUGUUAAAAAUAUUACGGCUAAUAUGCCACAGUUCUCUCUCAGAAAUGAAGUUAUAAACAUACCACCUAAUAUCCAAUUAGCUGAUGACAGUUUUGAUAUUUCUUCAAGAAUUGAUAUACUAUUAGCGUCCCACGUAUUCUUUCAGGCACUUCUGCCGGAGC